AUGGCGGACCAAGAUGAAAUGAACAUCGAGAAACAACCCCUGCUGGAUGAUGCAUCCGAAGAGAAGUUUGAGAGCAGCGGUGGGGUGACUCCGACCGAUAAGUCAACUCGUCCAUUCAAGAAAUGGAUGGACAGCUUUCGAGGACGGAAACACGAGUCUCCUAUAUAUCGAAAGAAGUAUGUGGAGGGCUGGUCAGAUUCAUCUUCCCAUGGCUCGCAAGGUCACCAGUCGAGUGCAUCCGACUCAUCGCAUCUCGGAACCGUCAAAACAACCACUGCAAGCAUUGGAAGCCAGAGUUUGAUAAGAUCGAGGACAACUAUCCAAAGCACAAGAAGCCAGAGCAUGCGAUCGGAUGUGCGUUAUUCUGGUGAGAGCUGUCGGCCAACCUCAAGUCAACAUGCUGAUGAGGCUGCGGAAACACGGGCCACCAGACGGCGCCACAUCCUACAGGAACUUGUUGAGACUGAGUCUGAUUAUGUACUUGGUCUGAAGGCUCUUAUCGGAAUCCUUACGACAUUUGACACGAGGCGCGAGAUCUAUGACAACAUCCAGGAGAUCCUUGGAAUCCAUGAACGUUUUUUGACCCAGCUUCAAACGGCAUCUCCCAUGUCAGCGCCUCAGGCUCAACAGGCAGGCGUCUCCGAGCUAACAUCCCGGGGAAUCACCAAGCGUAUAGGAACCAUUGACCUGGGUAACCUAAAGGGUCUCCAACAACGAUCUUUGAGGACCCGAUCACUCAAAUCAUCGGUGAAUCGGCGCCUCAUGGCACUCACCGCUGAACCAACAGAGGGACUAGAGGUUGCCCGUGAACUUGAAAAAUUGUCACUUUUAAUGCCCGUGUACGACCAAUUUUGCAGCAACUAUGAACUAUUGACACAGGACGUUGCUCUUCUACGCCAGUCGAUCGCCAACUGGACAAUAUAUGAUCAGGGAAUCGAGGCACUGUCAAAAUCGGUCGCGUCGACAGAGCGACGCAGACAAGAGGACAACAAAUCAAUGACGUUGAAUGAUAUGUUGAUAAAGCCCAUCCAACGUCUUUGCAAAUACCCCCUUGUGCUACAAGAUCUGCUCAAAUCUACCCCUGUUAGUGAUUGUCCGUCUUCCCAUGACGGAAUUCAGCAAGUUUUGGACAGUAUGCGAACGCUGGUAACGCGGAUCAAUCUGGCAGCUGGAAACCCGGUCAACAAAGAUCGCAUCCAGAAGACAAUCGUUCUGCAGAAGAAGGUGGAUAUCUCGAAAUCGGACGCACUCCAGAGUAUAUAUAAAGACCUAGGCCCGUUGAUCUUGUGCGGUGUGCUCCAUGUCACAUAUCAAACGGCGGAAAUCACCAAUGGGGAGUUCAUGGUCUGUGUGCUUUUUCAACGCUACCUUUUCUUCGCUAAGGGAAUUGAUGACCAGCGUCGGCUGGAAGCAGUGGCCUGUGUCUACCUAGACAGUGUCAAGAUUGAUACACUUCAAAAUGGACAAGGGCUGUACUCCUACGGAUGUAUAUUUUCAUGGAAGCUUCUGUUUCAAAACCAGGAUAGGCACUACGAAUUUGUUCUCAGUGCAUCAUCGGCAGUGGAAGAAAAGCAAUGGAAUGCGGAGAUUCUCAAAAUGUGCGUCGCUUUGGCCGAAACGGACCCGCCCAGGACAUGGGAGCCAAGAAAACAUUCUUUCUUGGCCCUCCAACUGUUGCCUCUAGACCAUGUUCAAUACACAGUAUCUUCUAUGGCACGGAGGUCCAUGGAUUCAACGACCAUCUCCCGCAAGUCCCGCGUUCAACAUGUAGUCAUUAAGAAAACGCACUACCCGCGCCACACUGAAGAACCGGUCGCGCAGGCCGAAGGCGAGAUUGAACGGCCCAAGACACCUGCCGACCGCUCCGCAUUGAUAUUGACUGCUCGUCGGAGUGACCGAGUCCGACUAGAGCGACUGAUCUCGGAUGUCUACACAGGAGAUGUCCUUCCAUCGCCAGGAAUGGUUCUCGGAAGGGGUGAUCUCUUCCUACGGGGUCCGCUCAUGAGAGGGCUUAGCCUUCGCCCGGGAUUCACCAAACGGUCGAACUCUGUCAGCACUUUUCAUCCGGGCAGAGCAUCGACCGACAUGCGCUCUGGCGGAGAUCCCGAGGGAAUGGACAAGGGUGUGGUGGACAGCAGCGAGAUAGGGGAGGAUAAGGAAGUCGAGUAUGAGUUGCCUCAAACCCCCACCACACCUCGGCGGUCAAAGACAUUCCUUUUCAAAGGUUCACCUAAAAACCCCUCCUCGCCUCACAGUGACCCGCGACAGAGUCAGGAUGGAAGUUCUGAGUCAUCUCCAUCUUCCAAGAAGUGGUCAUCUCCAAAGAAUCUGUUUAGUGCCUUGGCACCCAAGAAGCUGAAAAAGACCCGCUCUGACGCUGAGUGA